UCCUGAUCUGUGAAAGUAGUAGUAGUCUAAUAAGUGUUCUUUGACUACCUAAAUGUUUGAUUCUAUUUGCUUCUCCUUGAUUCUUUUAUACUAGAAACAAGUAUAUUCAAUCUUGUUUUUGGUCAAUAUUAAGUUAGAUCAACACAUUUCUGAAACGAUUUGAUUUUUAGUUUUGUUGUGUUUUAAAACGGGUAGUCACUAGGUUUCGUUUGUUCUGGUUAGUUGAUUAGGAUCGAGGCUUGGUUCGGCCGUGAGUGAGUGAGUGGUGAGCGGGCAAGAUCCACUAUAAACGGCCAAGCAGUGAAAGCAAAAAAAUACGAUUAAAAUACAUUAAUAAAGGCCAUUGUAAACCAUUAAUUUAAUUUGUUGUUAAUCUUUGAUCAUUUAAAUAUUUUUCAGGUUUUAAGUGUUCAAGUAUCUAGUAUUUGUUAGAAUAUCUUUGAGUGUAUUUCUCAUAAUUAUUUGUGUAUAUUAGAUAGCGAACUAGGUUAAUUAGAUUUGACAUUCUCCUCUAUAUAUUAAUUUAGGAAGGAGACAAGCAUGGAUUGGGACCCAAAUGAGCACGAUGAACCUCCACUACUGGAGGCGCAAAUCCCUCGGAUGCUUAUGAUUGGAUUAAGCGUUUGAAAAGGAACUUCAACACCUGUGAGUGUCCCCUAGAGUUUAAGAUGGAUAUUGCUGUGCGUUUCUUGGCUGGGGAUGCUAUUUCCUGGUGGCAACAAUUUGAGGGUGGGAGAAGCGUCAAGACAUGGAUAGAGUUUGAAAAUGUAUUCAGGACACGGUAUCUUCCACCGGAGGCUAGGGACUCCAUUGAGCUGCAGUUCUUUAAGCUAGUACAAGGGAGUAAGUCCGUUAGGGAGUAUGGCUCGGAGUUUCGCAGGCUUUUAUGUUUUCUUCUAGAAGAUUAUGACAAGGAGCAAGCUGAUAUUCGUAGGUUUAUAAGGGGACUGAGACCCGACAUCCGGACAUAUCUACUCGGUGCAGAGUUUCAACGGCUAGCAGAUGUUGUCGAAAAAUCUAUUCUGAUAGAAGAAAGCAUUCAAGAGGAGCAGGCUGAAAACUUCGCUUUUGGAAGUAAGGCAGUACAUCCAUCAUCAAGCACUGACCAUGCAGGCACCUCUAGAAAGAAAAAGAAGUGUACAGCUUGCCGGGGACACCAUUUUGGACCAUGUACAUCCGCUAAAGUUUGCUACAACUGUGGUAAUCCAGGUCAUAUUGCCCGAAACUGCAAGAAUGUCAAGGACCCGGUAACGCCUCCCACAAAGCGUCAAGCACUCAUUGCAAUGGAUGCUCCCGCUUCUUCUUUCCGAUCACGGGAAAGCGAGUAUGAUCUUGUGUGAUUUAAGCCUAGUAUUUUUUGUUUGUAUAACGGCUAUUAUGUAACAUCUUUUUACUAUUUUAGGCUCCGUCACUACCUUCUUUAUCUAAUAUUUUAUAUGUCUUUAGAGGAGUCUUGAUGGUAUGAAAAAACUCUCGCUUUUUGUUCAAUAAUUAACUGUGGUACUAUGCAAUA